GUGACAGUUGACCAAAUUAGUCUACCAACAUCGAUUGCUGUACUUCUCUUGUCUCCACAAUACAGUCUAGGAAAGUGGGUGAGGUUCGGCUUUUUUUGUAGAACUCUGAAGAACAACUGUUCAUCCAUCCAUGGAUCAUCUGAACCCAACAAAGUUGGAAUAUUAUGACGAUAUGUGGAAGUUCCAAUCCACUUCCACCCUUCUCUCUGACUUCCAGGGGGAGGAUGGUAGACGUGCAUUGAUCUUGGAAUCGACCAUUUUCCACCCACAAGGUGGUGGUCAACCAUCGGAUACUGGUUUCAUCACCAACUCUCACUUCAAAUUUAUUGUCCAAGAUGUUCGAUCGAAAGAAGGAAUCGUUUUUCACUAUGGAUUUGUUGAAAAUUCUGAAAAUGGGGUACUCGAAUCCGAACUUGAGAAAGUUGUUGAAGUUAGUCUAAAUGUGGAUGAACCGAGGCGAAAGCUCAAUUCUAGGCUACACUCGGCUGGUCAUUUGCUUGAUGUAUGUAUGAGGAAUGUGGGUUUAGGUCAUUUAGAGCAAGGCAAGGGCUACCAUUUUCCUGAUGGGCCAUUUGUAGAAUAUAAAGGCACAGUUCCACAGAAUGAAUUGCAAAGCAAACAAAAGGAGUUAGAACUACGAGCUAAUGAUUUGAUAUCUGGGGGAGGGAAAAUUUCUGCUGCUAUUUUACCAUAUGAUGAAGCUUGUAAACUGUGUGGUGGAUGCCUUCCUGAUUACAUUCCCAAGGAAAGCACUCCUCGGAUUCUGAAGUUGGGAAAUAAUCCAGGCUGUCCUUGUGGCGGUACACAUGUUUCUGAUAUUUCUGAAAUCAUGAGUAUGAAGGUUUCUCAAAUGCGGACAAAGAAGGGGCUGACAAAAGUGUUCUAUAAUGUUGGAUCCUAAUUUUGAUUCUUGAACUGUAUCCUUCUGUUUCUAGAUGGGCUUCCACUUAUGUUAAUGGUGUGUAUCUCCUUAGUCCUUAUUGAUGCUACAAGCAUCUGACAAUUGAUGGUAUUUAUUAUGGCUUGGUAAAUGUAGUCUUGAAGGUAACUGUAGGAAUCAAUACUCUAGAGGGGUUCAUACUUGACUGAGAUUUGAGAAUCUAUAACAAAUGAAAUAACACUUGAGUUCUUUGUUAGAACUUGAGGUUUUUAUUACAACGUCUCUCUCUCUCUCUCUCUCUC